AUGGAUGAAAACAGUAACUUUCCACUAAUAUUAAACCAAUUCCCUGAAUAUGAACAUGAGGGAGUAAACACAAAAAUUGUUGCAUUAAUAUUCUCGAACAAAAUUCAAUUGAUCUUGAACGAAACAGAAACUUUUGGAUCAAUUUUACACGCUUCUACAGAUGAAGCAGGUAUUAUUUACGAUGUUAGAAUUCUUUUAGGCGACAGAAAUGACGAGAUAUCAAAACUAUAUUCGAGGAAACUACUAGAAUUAUUUCGAAAUAAAGGAUAA